CCAGUGUGCGCUGCCUGCCUCCGCGGGAGCCCGAGGUAAUGUCCUCCAGUUCCACCGUGUUGCUGCAGACCAGGACUCUGGCUCAGGCAACUGCCAGUUAGCGAAGAUUGUCAAGAAUGAGCGGAGCCAUGAUGGACUUGCGGGCGCCAAGAGCGUGUGGAAAGGCCGUGGUCCCAUUGUCAGAGAAGGCCAGCUGCUGAGCAGGGCAUGUCUCCAGGAGGCCUGCAGACCGCACGGAUCCCCACCUCUCCACAGUGGCCUGCCCAGGCUGGUCAGUUGCAACCAGCCUCUUGUAGGGUACUCAGGAAUGUUCUGGCAACUGGCCAUAUGAAGGUCACCGGGAGAGAGUGGGGUCCAAAGGCAGUACUAGUCAAGGUCGCCGACUCCAGCCUGAGCUCCCGUCUUCACGCUGAGCAUCCUCAAGGUCCUGGGCGACCUGCCCCUGGACAACCCCAUGCCUGGUCAUGAAGCCAAGGGAGGCGUGAGCCGGCUCUCAAAGGCCAGGCUGCUGACCCCAACGGGCCCAGGGGACGGGCCUCACCAGGCAGACUCCUUGCGCCAUGUAGCAAGGCCAUUGCUUCCCAGAGUCCUUGCGUGGGCUAGACCCUGGCUGCUCACCAUAGGCGACCCUGGCCCAUCCUCGGGGCUCACGGGUUUGUCACAGAAAGCAAAUGUCUGUGACCGCCUGCUCCCGUUUCACAGACCGGCCAGUUCCCACGGGAGGCUCCUUGGGUGAUCGGGGAGACCAUGUCCAAGUCCCCCGACUGCCUGCCGCGGCUGCUCCGGGCCACGCCCAGGCAGCGGGUCUGCACCCUCUUCAUCAUCGGCUUCAAGUUCACAUUUUUCCUGUCCGUCAUGAUCUACUGGCACAUUGUGGGAGAGCCCAAGGACCGAGGGCAGCUCUAUAAUCUGCCUGUGGACGUCCCCUGUCCCCCACUCGGCCCCCGAGCCCCGUCCUCCAGCACCCCCGCUCCAGGCCACAUCUUCUUCCUGGAGACCUCAGACCGGACCAACCCCAACUUCCUGUUCAUGUGCUCUGUGGAGUCGGCCGCCAGGACCCACCCGGAGUCCCGGGUGGCGGUCCUGAUGAAGGGGCUUCCCGGUGGCCACGCGCCCCUGCCCCGGCACCUGGGCCUCUCGCUUUUGAGCUGCUUCCCCAACGUCCAGGUGCUCCCGCUGGACCUGGAGGGGCUCUUCAGGGACACGCCGCUGGCAGCCUGGUACAGGGCCUCGCGGUGGCGCUGGGAGCCCUACCUGCUGCCUGUGCUCUCCGACGCCGCCAGGAUCGCGCUCCUAUGGAAGUUCGGGGGCAUCUACCUGGACACGGACUUCAUCGUCCUCAAGAACCUGAGGAACCUGACCAACGUGCUGGGCACCCAGUCCCGCUACGUCCUCAACGGUGCCUUCCUGGCCUUCGAGCCCCGGCACGAGUUCCUGGCGCUCUGCAUGCAUGACUUCGUGGCCCACUACAACGGCUGGAUAUGGGGCCACCAGGGCCCCCAGCUGCUCACUCGAGUCUUCAAGAAGUGGUGCUCCAUCCGCAGCCUGCAGGAGAGCCACACCUGCCGGGGGGUGACCGCCCUGCCCCGCGAGGCCUUCUACCCCAUCGCCUGGCAGAACUGGAAGAAGUACUUUGAGGAGGUCAGGCCUGAGGAGCUGCCCCAGCUGCUCAAUGCCACCUACGCUGUCCACGUGUGGAACAAGAAGAGCCAGGGCACGCACUUUGAGGCCACAUCCAGGGCACUGCUGGCCCAGCUCCACGCCCGCUACUGCCCCACGACACACAAGGUCAUGAAGAUGUACUUGUGAGGGGCCGACCUGGCCGCCUCCCCUCCCACGUCCUCCCUUCUGCUGCUCCUGGGCGGCGGGGCAGGAGAGGGAGGUCUGAGCAGCCAUAGCCGGGUUUGGGGCAGGCGGAGGCCAAGCUAGGGAGCAUGCGCCACGGCCCCGCAUCUGCUCCUCCAGGCCAGGGUAAGCCUGGCGGAAACUCCCGAGGCGCGUGCCCUGGCUUGAGUCAGAGGCCCACGAGUGAGUCCAGCACCAUCCGGAGUGUGCCUGGUGAGUGUGUCAGGCCUUCCAGACGAGAGGCACGAAGAACCAGCCUCAAACCUGGAACCGCAAAGCACCUUCGAGGGCGGCACAGGGCGGCCCAGCCCUGAGGGGAGCUCCGGGAACCCUGAGCAGAGGGACAAGAAGGAGGGGUGAGCUCCCAGGCAGAGCAGAGGCGGCUGCGGUGGAGAGCACAGGUGCAGGUGCAGAUCCAGCCCUGGGAGGACUGAGCCGGGAGGGGGCUGGGGAGCCCACCCUUUCUCGCCCAGCGGUGCUGCGCAGGUGGCUUGUGCCAGCCAUCCACUCCCAUGGGCAUAGGGCUGUGGAAGUUCUUUUGGUUCAGGGGAAGCAUUUUAAAGACCCCCCUUAUAAACACAGGAGAGCAACUAUAAUAAACGUGACUCACCGUGUCCAGCACCUGGUGGUCCACGUGCCUUCACGAGCUCAGCCGGUCAUGCAGCCGCCUACAGUGGACCUCCAGGUCGGCCUGACCACUGGCUGGCUCACAGCGUUCCCUGGGUGAUGGGUGGUCACCCUCCUAGGGGGUGGGAGAGCCCGUCUUCCCCUCACUUUUUCUAGGCACACAGUUCCCACCCCAUAAUAAGCCUGAAUCUGUUUUAACCUAAAUGGAGCUAAAUGAGGACGCUAGGGAGCCUGCCACCAUGCCUAGCCAGGGACAUCUGAGGGUCUGCAGGGCUCAUGGGCCUCUCCAUGGAGGCCUGGACAAGAUCCAGAGAGGCACCCGUAGUGUCCUGCUGGGUGGCCCUAGGUCUGAGCCAGAGGAAAAAUCUGCAGGGCCAGGCCCCAGCUGGAUCACAUUGUGGCCUUGGCCUCUAAGUGCUGGGCGUCCCCUCCAGGCAGGAGAAGCCCUCCCCAGGAGGCCCAGGGAUGCUGCCAGGAGCUCUGGCACAGCGGGCAGCUCCUGAGCAGUGGAGGGGGAGGUUCGGGCCUCUGGACUCCGCCUGCAGCCCAGCGUGUGCCGCCCGUAAGGAGGCGAGCUGCCGGAGCCACAGGGAUUCAAGAGCAGGUGGUAUAUGUCUAUUUUAUGAGGACCAUGGAUUCUAAGCCAAUUUCUCCAGCUACAAUAUCAUUUCACCUAUCUUUUAAUAACGUUUUAGAAUGAACAGUUUUACUUCAAUAGUACGAAUCACUCAUGUGACAGGUGAGAUGAUCUCAGCGUCCUACACCGCCUUUCUAUGGCUCCCUGUUGGCUACAGAGCAGACCUAUCUCUGGAGCCCGGCAUCCAAGUCCCCCUGACCAGGCCCUGCCUCCCUCCCAAGCCACACUAAACUUGAUUCCGGUUAGCCACCGCCCCCCAUGGAUUGUGUGGUACUCUAUGCUUGAGCCAUGUGCAUUGUGAUGCCCGCCUCCCCAGCCAUCUUCACCACAAAUGCCUGUUCCUCCCCGUAGUGUUGAGGCCCCCUCCAGAAAGCCUCCCCUGACUACCCCUCCUCUAGCCCGCAGCUCCCAGGCAUCGACCAUGAUUGUUGGAUUCUUGUCCUGUCCCCACAGGGGAGAGUCUGCCAAAUCCCUCACAGGGUCAUUCCUGGAGUUAGGCUCCGGAUCCUGCUAUGGGGGCAGGGUAUCUGUGUAGCUAUAUGGGGGCCCCCAAUGUGUCUCUGCAGAGCUGAAGACCCCAGCUCUGCAGAGCUGAAGACCAGCCCUGGCCCAUCUCUACCCAGAGAGUGCCAGUAAGAGAUCCUUGGCCGCCUGACCCUUAACCCAGAGGGCAGACCAGAGCAGGUGGCCACAACCUGGUCCGUAGGACUGCAGGCCAGCCAAGUGUGCGCAGCCUGCCCAGAGGAAAUAGGAGCCAGGAGGCAGCCUUGGCCCCAGACCCUCCUCACAUCCUGCCAGGCAGGGCCCCGUCCAAGAAUGGGAGGGAGAACUGUCAGAUGCUCCUGGCAGCCAUCUCUGAGAAACUGGGCAGCACAGAGGCAGGGGAGGGAGGCGAAGGUGUGAGGCUGCUCUUUCCGUCCCUGUUCUGGUGAGGCCAGUCCAUCCAGCAGCCUGGGUGUGGGGCCCCAGCUUGCCCAGCCUGCCCCUGCCAGGCCUCUCAGUGCAGCUGCUCUCAUGGUCCGGUGGGACCCAGAUGACCAGAAAUCACAACAGCCCUGAGCGGAGCAGGGAGGAGGCUGGCUGAGGAAUGGGAGCCACUGGGAGGCUGGGAGGCGCCCAGCGGUCAUGGUGCUGUAUACUUGCACUUCAUCUGGGCUGCUGUCCAGAGGAGGGCCGGGGACCCAGAGAUCUAUGAGCCUUGGCCAGGGCUCUGCCUGUUUUCUCUUUGGCACAGAGGAGCUGGGUGGUGCCCACCUCCUAACAGGGUCUUGAUAAUCGAAUGAGCCAUCGGACAUGGAACAUACUGUGCUUGGCCCAUCGCAUCCCGUCCACCGGGUGGGGAAACUGAGACUGAGCAACUAAGGGGCAGCAUUGGGAUUCGAACCCAGGCCUUGACUUUCUAAGCUCCAGGCAGCAAGGAGGCUGGCGGGGGAUGAGUGCGGAGCCAGCCCUGGGUGGGGGUAGAACUCCUCACUGCCUCCCGCGCCAAGUCCCACGGCCCAGAGCUGCCCUCCCUGAGCCCCUACGGCAGCCUCAGGGAUCUGCCCCUGCCCCUGCCUGGGCCUGAUUCCAGAGAGACCCCGUGCGUCCCCCAGCCCCAUCCAGCUCCCAGUUGCCUGAUGCCCUGACAGCUUCAGGCACCGCCCCCAGAGAAGGAGCUGGAACCUUUGCUCUGCAACUGAGUUCUGGGAAAGGAGAAGGGAGGGGCAGGCUCAGUGAAACCAGCCCUGGGGACAUGGAACUGGAGCCUCCUUGGUUUCUCUGCUUGUUUCCAGGGACUGUUUACAGAGGUUUUGUCCAGGACUGAGGAGGAAGAUGAGGACCUUCCCUCUACUGGGGGCCCCUGAGUGGCCUGGAAGGGCUCGAGCAGCAGGCCGUCAAUUAUUUAAUAAGCCUUCCACGCUGACUGAGCCGAGGGAGGCAAACAAGUUGGUUUCCCAGCAGUACGAGGCUAGGGGACAUAAUUUCCUCCUACUGGAGUAUCAAUAUUCAACUUCUUGAUUAAAUAUUAAGUUGGGAGGUUCCCCCUUUGAGUGCUUGAGAGGGACUGAGAAUGGGUGAGUAACGGGGCCCCUGCCCCUGGAAGUCUGGUGUCAUGGUUGGCUUGUUCUUGAAUCUCUGCCUGUCCCAACCUGGGCUAGCCCGAUGCAAGGCAUGUUGGGAGUUCUGCUGUGACGUUGGACGUCAGGAUGGGGCAAGGCUGGGGCCCUGACUCAACAGUGACCUGGGCUUCUGCAGGGGGCUGGUAGGGUAUGAUGCUCACCUCGAGGGGGCCACGGCAGGAGGAAGCCAAGGAGGUAGGAGUGGAGCAGAGGCAAACUGUCCAGACAUCCUUCCUCACAGUCCAGGCCCACCUGCCCAGUUCAGCCCCUCCCAGCCCCCACCAGCUUCCCAGGAGAGAACCAAGAUCAGACAGGAGAACUCCAGCUGCUGCGAACAACUUGGAGUGGUGGAAAUCACAUGGGAACUCCUUGUCCCACGUAUGUUGAUUAAGGUGUAGCACAGGGACCCCAUCAAGUAGCUUCAAUAACGUAGGCUUCUGCCUCACACAGUCGCAGGGUGAUGCUCCAAGCCACUGGGCCCUCAGCUGCCCCCAAAUGUGGUUUGCAAAGUGCUCUGGUGGCUGCUAUUUUCCAGCUAAUGGGGAGGAAGGAAGAGUGUCCAAGGCUAAUGGACAAAUGUCUUUUUUUGAGAUGGACUCACGAUGGUACCCAGGCUGCUCUCAAACUCCUGGGCUCGAGCGAUCUUCCUCCACCUUCUGAGUAGCUGGGAUGACAGGCCUGGGCCACUACGCCUGGCUUCAAGACAAACGUCUUUAGCAAGAUAAUCCGAAAGCUUUACUCGUCACUUCUGCCAACUUCCUACUGGCAGCAGGUACUGGGGAUGGUGCCCAGGGCCUCACACAUGCUGGGCAAGCACUCUGCCUGAGCCGCAGCUCCAGUCCUUUUUAUCUUUUGAGACAGGGCCUCAUGAUCCUCCUGCCUCAGCCUCCCUAGUAGCUGGGAUCACAGGCCUGGGCCACCAGACCCAGCUGCUUGUUAUUUCUUGGCCUGGUGCUUGUAAGCUCAUGGCCCACAAAUGACGGAGGCAGGUGACGGGAAGCAAACCUCGGAUCAGCAAACUUUCCUUUAUUCUGCAGUGAAGUCAAUCGAUCAGGCAUGGGAGGGCCCAUUUUCUGGGUAUGGAGAUGGCCCCCAGGUUACCGAAGGAGUCUGGGUUUUAUAGUUUCAUUGGAGACUGGGACGUGCCGUUCCGACAGUUUGGGACCUAGUUGUGCAGGUUAGCACUUAACUCAGGAAGGCCGUUGUAAAAAGUCUGAACCUCACAGUCACUGGGAAAAGCUCACAGCUCGGUGCUCCCUGCUUAUCUUCUUCCUCUGGGGCCCACUGUUACCUAGAGCUUCACUAUUUGCUUCUCUCCUUCCAGGACCCACCUGAAUGGGGAAGGGUGACAGUCCAGGGCCCACUGGGGUGGGGAGGGGUGAAGGUUUGCUUUUGGUGGAGAUGCUGGGGAUGAGCCCAGGAAGGGAUGGAAGCUUGCCUUUUCCCUUGGGGCCCAUUGCUAUUGGGAAAGGGCGCACUGGGAGGUUUAAUGUCUGGCUAAUUUCCCCUUCCUCCUCCCGAGCCACACUGUCCCUCCACUUUUCCUGGGGAGCUGUCUUGUAGGAAUAUUAUUUCCCAUAACUCUUCAGUGCUGCUGCUGUGCGUGUGUUUCUCUGUGGAAACUCGCUGCUGUCACACACACGGUCUGUAUAUUUAAUAACAUGUACAUGAUGCUGGUGCAGAGGCACACACCUGUCAUUCCAGGUACUCAAGAGGCUGGGGCAGGAGGAUGGCAAGUUCAAGGCCAUCCCC